CAUAGGGAAGAAGGUGGAAAAUGACCAGAGGAAGGAUAGUAUUUCAGGAUGAGAUACUGCUUAAUUGCCACAAAACACAUAUUUUUCACGUAAACCCUGGUAUUUUAUCCUGAAGAACGUGGACCCAUUGGCUCCGGGAAGCUUUUCUUAACACCGAGAAGCAAUCGACAGCGUUUUAUUUGCGACGGAAAAGGUGCAGCUUGAUCCGUUAGUUUUUUUUUCGUGUUGCAGAAUGCCGCGAAACAACAAAACUCCUCUCAUUCAGAAAAUAGCAAAGCAAGCUAUUAUGACGUUUAAAUUUUUAAAAUCUCCGGCCAACCAAGAUAGUACAAUUUUUGCCGAAAAACAGGCUGAACUCAACUCCUUAGUGACGGCUCUCAGGGCUGCGGAUCUGAAAAUCGCCUCCCCGGAAACCAAAGCGACAUCUGGUACAACGGAUCAGCAGGCGCCCCCGGUCACCUACAUGCACAUCUGUGAGACGGACAUGUUCAGCAUGGGCGUAUUCCUGCUCAGGACCGGAGCCUCCAUACCGCUCCACGACCACCCGGGCAUGAACGGGAUGCUCAAGGUCCUCUAUGGCAAGGUGAGCAUCAGGUGCUUCGACAAGGUAGAAAGUGGCCACCCUGUCAGUGUGGCCCCGCCUCGGUUUGAUCCCCCUGUGCCUCCAUUCCAAAACGAUUCUCUACGACGAUCCGUGCUCCGCUCAGUAGCUGAGUACUCUGAGACCAGCGGGCCGUGCCUCCUUACACCUAAACGGGAUAACCUCCACCAGAUCGAUGCGGUGGAUGGGCCAGCUGCGUUCCUGGAUAUCCUGGCACCGCCGUACGAUCCGGAUGAUGGACGGGACUGUCACUAUUACAAAGUUCUGCAAAUCCAGGUAGACCCGGGAACAGGCGAAAAGGGUAACCAGGAGCAUCAGGAAGAUGAGAAGGGAAGAGAAAAUGAGAUGUGGCUUUUAGAAAUCUCUCAGCCAGAGGACUUUUGGUGUGGAGGAGAACCUUACCCGGGCCCUGUAGUCUCUGUGUGAAACUUCAAGACCAUCGGAACUAUAUAGCAGUACUACAAACUAUAUUGUGACGUCCUAAACCGCCGUAACUCACCUCAACUUCCUCAAGUGGCUUAGUAACACAUUGCAAAUAUGUUGUUUCUGCUCGUAGGCCAUGUUGCCUUGUACACACAUAUGAAUGUAAUCGGCCGACUAGAAAUUUGAAAUUGUCUCAGAAAUGGUCAGUGAAUGGUGACAGGUCAUCCAGGAGCCGGAAGGUUGGUGGUUCGAUCCUCGCUGCCUCCACCCAGUCACUGUCGUGACAAGACACUUCGCCCACCUUGCCUCCAGUGCUUCCCACACUGUUGUAUGAAUGUGAAUGGAUGUUUGGUGGUGGUCGGAGAGGCCGUAUGCUCGAAUGGGCAGCCCCGUUUCUGUCAGACUACCCCAGGGCAGCUGUGACUACAGAUGUAGGAAACCACUACCAGUGUGUGACUGAGGCGUGAAUGAAAAAUGGGUUCACUUCAUUGAGAAGCGCUUUGAGUGCCUUGGAAAGCUCUAUAUAAAAUCUAAUCCAUUAUUGUUAAGAUUAAAUUAAUUGGAGACUAUAUCGCCACUUAAUCAGAGAACAUGAUUGUAUGCAUGUUUCAUGGAGAUCUGUUGAGUGUUUGCUAAAAUAUAAUAUUUAUAACAGGGGUGUCCAGACUUUCUCCACUGAGGGACACAUACAGAAAAAUCAAAGGAUGAGGUCCACUUUUAUAUAUGUAUAUAUAUUAAAAAGCUACAAAAAAAAACAUAUAUUUAAAACCAAAGCUUUGUUAUCAAUUGUGAGUAUCAACGUUUCAUCUUUUUUUUCUUAACAUUGUGCCUUUUUGCUCUAGUUUUCCCAUAUUUGCUGGGUUUGUUUUAGUGUUUCAUUUUAUUUGUGCCGCUGGCCAAUAAUAAACGAGUCACGGGCCGUACUGCGGACACCCCCGAUUUCUUUCUUUUUGCUUGAAUGCCAAAGAAAAAAGUUUUAAACAUUUUAAUCGAGACCAGUAGUAACCUUCUCUCUCAAUGAAUCUGCCAUUUAUGAAAAAACUGGUUAGAAUAUCCACCAAAAACGACAAUUUCAUCGGUGUUAAUGAUUGAUUCUCAGGAUCAGACACAAACACAGUCAGCUUGUCUCUCAGCAUUCACACAAUGAUGAGGUUAUGUAUUUGUGUUUUUUGCCUGUAAAGGCAGUUGAAAUAUCAAUUUUGAUGCCAAAGUCUGUAUAACACCUUUGUCCUCUUUUCUUCUUUCUAUGCACACACUGUUACAGUAUGUUUUCUCGUUUCAUCUUGAGAGAAUUUGCUUGAGAACGCUUGUUAAAGGCUUAGCAGUAAGAUUGUUAAAUUUCCUUAGAAGAAUUCCACAGUGUAAAUAUAACCAGUAAAGUAAAUCUUAAAACCAGUCUCAAGUUGUUGGAGUAUUAUUGGCUCUGUUAAAGCCAUCAGGGAGCUUUUUUGGUAUUAAACAGUGGAACCUCGGUUAGCGUCAUUCACCGAAACGGACGUUAACUGAAUCAGUUUUUCCCAUAAGAAAUAAUGUAAUUCUAAAUAAUCUG